AUGCGUUUUUCUACGCCCCUCUUUGUCGCCGCCGCCCUCGCUAGCGUCGUUGUCGCCUCUCCGGUACCCAUUACACCGGAGCUCGAGAUUCGAGUGCACGACUGUGGUCCCGGCACCAGUUGUUUUACGGUGCCCGGGCUGCUGGUCCAGCUGCGCAACGACCUUACUACGCCGUUCCAGAAGCUGCGUUAUAUCAAUGCCAACAACGCCACGGCGGAAAACGUUGACUCGGUCCACGACGACGUCAGAAGCUCUCUGGUCAACGCCAUCGAGACGCUCACUUCCUAUGUCGGCGCGAAUGCGCCCACCCUCGGUUCAAUCGACGGUGGUGGUAUCAUGACCGUAGACACCCUUGCUAAGCUCGUCGCUGGUGAUCUCCACUACUACUCUGGUGACCUCGCCAGACUCGAGGAUUACUAUGAUCACGACGACGAAGCUGCUCAGAGCCUCAUUCAGGACACUGGUGAUAAGCUCGGUGACCUGCUCCUCGCCAUCUCCGCCCAAUGCGAAGCCGUCGACCAGGCGAAUAACUUUCUCGCUGGCGUCCGCAUCAACACCAAGGAUAUUAAGCAAACUAUUCUUGACCUUGGCACCACCACCCUCGGAAACAUCCUCAGCGAGGACACGUCUAACGACUCCGAUGCGAAUUACGAGCAGUGA